AUGGCUGCUUCGGCGGCAACGGCGAGUUCUUCCCCCGGUUUGUGUCCAAAUUACGCCGUGAUUUGCUCCUUUCUGGAGCGGUACGGGGCGUUGUUGGACUUACCGGAGCUCACCUUUCCUCAGCUGGAGAGAUAUCUGCAGGACACAUCCUCAGUUCCAAAACUGCUGGUUGAUCUUCAUGUCAAGUUGCUGAGGAAGAUCGGCAAGUCUGUGUCAGCAGACAGAUGGGAGAAAUACCUAGUGAAGAUAUGUCAAGAGUUCAACACAACCUGGGCAUGGGAACUCGAACAAAAAGGAUACAAGGAGCUGCAGAUGGAGUGCAAGACGGGGAUACUUAAAUAUUUGUGCGAGUGUCAGUUUGAUGAAAAUGUGAAGUUCAAAACUGCCAUCAAUGAGGAGGACCCAGAUAAGAUGCGUCUGCAGCCGAUCGGCCGGGACAAAGACGGUCAGAUGUACUGGUUUCAGCUGGACCAGGACGACAAUGUGCGUCUUUACGUGGAGGAACAAGACGACUUAGACGGGUCGUCGUGGAAAUGCAUCGUCAGAGAUAGAAAUGACUUGGCUGAGGUUUUGGCUCUGCUGAAGACACAAAUCGACCCUGCGCUGUUGAAAAAAGAAGAGGAAACCAAACCUGAUGGUGAAGAGAGUAAAGACAAAACAGAAGAUGGUGACGUUAAAAAGACUGAGGACUCGACAGAUGAGGAGAACAAAGACUCCAGCAAGGCUGUCAGUCCAGUCUCACCAAAGACAGAGAAUGGUGAAGUAACACAGAAAGACAACUUGAAAACAGAAAUGUCUGAGGCCAAAUCAUCACUGAAUGGCAUCAUUGAAGGCAAAACUGAAGCAGAGCUCAAUUCAGAAAAGCCUGCUGCGGAUCUCGGUAUCAGUGCAAAAGCACAGAUCAUCAAAGAAGAGCCUAUGGAGGUGUCAGACGCGAAAACCAGCACAGCAACAACUGAACCCGCCUCUGAGACAACGUGCGUAUCAGUAAAGGCAGAAAAGGGAGAAGAGGCCAAGAAGAGCAGCGCAGAGGAGAUUCAACAAGCUCUGAAGAACGACCAACAAGCCAAAAUCCCUUUGAAAAAAAGAGGAAUGAAGUUUAGCGAAGACUUUGAAAAAAAUAGCAGCAUCAUAGUGCAAAAUCCAUCUGUUUCUCAGACCAAGGAAGCUCCAAAAGAGGACUCAACGCCUGAACAGACGAAAAAAGCACAGAGCGUGAAUGAUCAUGUUAACGGUGAAGUUCAGCCUGCGUCCGAGAAAGACCUCCAGGGUCAUUUGUGCGAGUCGCUGAAAGACGUUGAUAAAGAGCAGCCGACUGAAGCAGCUGCAGGUAAAUCUGUUGAAAAGAGACGAAAAGACUCUUCACCCGCAGACCAGGAGGAUACAAAAGAUAAAAAGGAGGAAGCUUGCAGUGCAGAGAAGAUCACAGAGGGAGCGGCAUCACAACAAGCUGACUCUGCCAAGAAAAAUCUAGAUAAGAAGGGAGAAAAGGAAAGCACUGCAUCAAAAGAAAAGAAAGAAGCACUAGAGUCUCAGAGAGAAUCGCCACCUUUACCUAAAGACAAAAAUAGUGCACCCGAGAAGCCGUCUAAUCAGGAAGAGAAUGACAAAAUUAAAGAAUCAAAACCAGCAGCCACAAAAGAGUCUUGUACAGAGGACAAGACAUUAAAGAAAACUGAGGAAUCGGAGAAAGUCGCAUCCAAAGAAUCAAAAGAUUCAGAAGGAAAACCUGCCUGUGUAGACACAUCAGAGGAAAACAAAACGUCAGAAAAUGAAACAGACAGAAAGCAAACUGAAACGAGCGACGCAAAAGAGACCAGUGUGGAGAAAUCAGAUAAAUUGGCACCAAAAGAAAAGCCGGGAGUCAUCAGAACUUUAGACGGUGUCGAAAAAGAUCCUGCACAGAAACCUGUUGACUCUGAAAACGCUGCAUCCCCGUCUGUCAUUAAAAAGACAGACGCACUGAAAGAGAGCGACGACAAAGAGACACAAAAAGGCAAACAAAGUACUGAUGUUCUUAAAAAGGCAGAUAAACCAACAAUAAUGGAGAAAACAGAAGCAACGUCCAAUACUGAAGAGACGUCGGCGUCUGUUAUUAAAAAGCUGGACGGAUCAUGUAAACCUGCAGAGAAGAACGAUAACAUCAAAGACGUAGAGAUGAAGCCAGAGACAGCCAGUGCGGUCUCUGAGACUAACACAGAAAAGACAGACAAGGCGGAGAAGACUGAAGAUGUAAAGAAAACUGUCAACUGUGAAGACAGAACGAUACAAGAUGUUUCCAAGAUGAGUGACUCCACGCCUGAACCCAUGGAGGUAGAGUCAGUGGCCGUCAAACACGAUGUGACAAAGCCACAGGAGGAUGACAAAACUGAGAUUAACUCGGUUGCACCCAAGACGACAGAGAAAGCAUCUGAAGGGAAAGAUAAACCGUCCAGUGCUGUUGAGAAGACAAAUGUCUCUAAAGAAUUGGAUCAAAAACCUGGAAGACCAGACAAAGAACAACAAAAGGUGUCUGAAGAACAGCCGAAAAAAACUGAAGUGGAGCAGCCGUCAUCAGAAAGUAAAAAAGAUGCAAACAAGGAAACUAAAAUGGACACGGACAUGGACACUGCAAAGGACACUGAGACAGAAAAUAAAACGGAUACGGACAAGGAAUCGAAAACGGACAAGAAAAUUCCAAAAGAUGCUGGGAAGGACACUAAAAAGGACGCUGAGAAGGAAAGUAUAAAGGACGCUGAAAAAGAAAAUAAAAAGGACACCAAAAAGGCAAAUAACGACAUGGACAAGGAAACUAAAAAGGACACAGACAAGAAAACUGGAAUGGAAGCUGAGAUGGAAAAUAAAAAGGACGCUGGGAAAGAAAGCAUAAAGGACACAGAAAAGGCAGACAAGGAAACUAAAAAGGACACAGACAAGAAAACUCAAAAGGACGCUGAGACAGAAACUAAAAAGGACAUAGACAAGAAAAUUCAAAAGGACGCUGAGACAGAAAAUAAAAAGGACACAGAAAAAGUGGACAAGGAAACUAAAAAAGACACAGACAAGGAAACUAAAAAGGAUACAGACAAGGAAACUAAAAAGGAUACAGACAAGGAAACUAAAAAGGAUACAGACAAGGAAACGCGAAAGGACGCUGAGACAGAAAAUAAAAAGGACGCAGACAAGGAAAAACUUAAAAAUGACAGUGAGAAACACACGAGUCAAGACAAAGCAAAUAAAGCAGAGAAACUCUCAAAAACUGAUGCAACAAAAGAGAAGAAACACACUGAGAAAGAGAGUGAAACCUCGACCAGGACGGACGAAUCUCGCCAACGAAAUGCGAGCAAAGACUCUGACGGCAAGCCGAGCAAAGAAGGAGUCGCCGAAAAGCCCACUGACGAGGAAAAUAAAAGCAAAAGUGAAGAAGAGGACGCCGCAACCAAAAAAGAGGUCGCGAAUGGCGAGAAAGCUCCGUCCAAGGUUUCCCACAGAAAAAAACUGAAGCCCCCGGCCCACCGGAGGACAGCUGAGCUUCAGAGGGAGGACAGAGCGGAUUCAGAGUCCGAUUCAAACACGGGGAGAUCUCUCCGAAGAUCACCGAGGAUCUCCAGACCGACGCCAAAGGUGGUGGAGAUCCACGACAGGAAGCUCGAAAAAUCGCAGGCUGCUCCAGCGGCUGAGAAGCAAAAGGGAGACGAGGGUGAGAAAGAAAAAGAUGAAGAGGAGGAGGAGGAAGAAGAGGUGAAAGCUGUUCAGAAGAAAACAAGAGAGAAAAAGGUCGACCAGGAGGGUCAGCCGAAAACGAAGGGGAGAAAGAGACGGAGGGUUCGGUGGUCCAACACACGAACGCGCCGUAAAAAGAAAGGCUCUGAAGAUGACGACGACGACAGCGACGAGGAGUCCAGCGACGAAGAUGAGAGCGAGGAAGAGGACACCAGUGACGAGGACUACAAGGUUGAGCGAAGCAGAAAGAGGCGGAAUCGUAACCGAGAAAGACGAAGCUCGGACUCCUCGACAUCCUCAGACGACGACCUACCUCCGAAUGACGACCCCUGCAAACAUUGUGGUCUUCCAAAUCACCCAGAGCUGAUCUUGCUGUGUGAUUCGUGUGACAGCGGGUACCACACAGCCUGUCUGAGGCCUCCGCUCAUGAUCAUCCCCGACGGAGAAUGGUUCUGCCCCCCCUGUCAGCACAAGCUGCUCUGUGACAAAUUAGAAGAGCAGCUCACGAAUCUCGACGCUGCUUUGAAAAAGAAGGAACGGGCCGUGAGAAGGAAAGAGCGACUCAUUUAUGUCGGAAUCAGUGUUGAAAACAUCAUCACGCCCUCGGUGGAAGUAGAGGAGGAGAAGCCAGAGGUCAUCAUCAAAGAGAAGAAAGACCCAAAGCGAAGUAAAAGCUGGGGGCGAAGGUCGACGAGGGCGAAGAAAUCCAUCAGCUACAGAUUUGAUGAAUUUGACGAGGCAAUCGAGGAGGCAAUCGAGGAAGACAUCAAAGAAGCAGAAGGCGGAGGAGCUGGUCGGGGUAAAGACAUGGCCAACAUCACAGGCCACAGAGGAAAGGAUAUGUCCGCCAUCCUUCAAGCAGAGGAGGGCAAGGAGAACGGCCGCCCGCCGCGAUCCAGCGCCGGUCAGCGCAGGAAAAAACGCAGGCGACUAAAUGACCUGGACAGCGACAGCACCGUGGAUGAAGAGGAGAGCGAGGAAGAGUUUCGCCUCAGUGAGAGCUCAGAAGAGGAGUUCGUCGUGUCAGAAAAUGACACGGAGGCUGAAUCGGAGGCGGACUCCAACAACAGCGACUUCGGUAGCAACAGCAGUGGAAAGCAUCGUACCUCUUCGCGGUCCAGGAGAGCGCCCGCACGACGACGGAGCUCCAGAAAGCGGCGGAGACCGAGAGGGUACUCGGAUGAAGAGGAAGAGGAGACAGAUGAGGAAGAUGAAGAAGAUGAAAUUGAGACUGAAGGCUCCAGCGAGUACAGCGACAGUGAUCUGGAUGUGAGUCGACGGCGGUCUCGGCGGAGUCAGAAGAAGCAGGUGAACUACUGCGAGACGUCUGAGUCCGAAGGCUCUCAGGCAGAAACCAACCGGGCCAAAAUGAAACCCAGACACCAGCAGGACAGCUCCGACAGCGAGGCGAGUUUCUCUAGAGACUCUGAGGAGGAUUCGAGGGAUCGGAGGACGAGGAGGAGAGCAGACUCCUCAGAGGAAGACACACGGCAGCGGCGCAGACGUCUUGCACUAAAACGCAGGAGAGCUUCUGAAGAGGACGACUCGGACGACGACUCAGACGAAUCAUCGGAGGAGGACCGUCCCAUCCGCAAACGUGUCAACCGCAUCGACUCGGAUGAUGAUGAUGAGGAGGAGGAGGAGAAACCGAAGGAGAAAAAAGCAGCUGAAAAAGCAGACGAGGAGUCAAAGGGAACAAACCCAGCGGACUGCAAUCCGAUGGAGCUGCCGCCGACCAACGGACAGAGCCCGAUUAAGAGCCUCGAGGGCCUCGUGAGUCGGCCUGCUGCCACCGCCGCUCCGGGCCUCACCCCACAUCUGGAGCCUCCCAAAAACAUCAGCGCCACACCAGCUGCUGCCAUAGCACCAAACGGACUGGUUGGCCAGGAGAUGGCGCCGCAGGACGAAGACGAAGACGACCUGUUAGGUGUCACAGACCUAGUGGACUACGUCUGCAAUAACGAAGAUUUGUAAAAAACAAAAAACAAAAUGGUGUACUGUUUCAUUUUUUGUGGUAUUGUAUUUUUAUAUUGCUUAACUUUAUUAUUUCUUCCCCCACCAACACCUCCUUGUUGUCCUUUUUACUUGUGUGUCAUCUGGACCUCGAGUCUCAGCAAUCUGUGCUACAGUAAGAACUGGAUCCCCGUCACCAGUCUGAUGCUGUCCCUGUGGGAUUAUACGACAAACAAGGGCACCAAACUAUCACCUCCCGCGUGUUUGGAAUAAUCAGUUCACCGCAUCAUCCAGCUCCACUGCCAAACCAUCUCCAUCCUCUGAAAAAGUCUCACUCACGUCUCAUUUCUUAUUCCGUUACUUCUAAGAUUUCUGUAAAUUUUAGCUUCUGUGUUCUUCGACAUCGAUGGAAAAUUGGCACUGAAAUUGUUUAAUGUGUAGAAAAUAGUUUAAAUCUGCCUAUUUGAAUGCUAAAGGACUUUGAAGAGUGAAAUAAGUCAUUCCAUAGUGAAUUUGAAGUUUCUGUGAAAAAAUUCAUCUUGGUUUUAGAUUUUAUCCGUUAAAGGAACAGUGUGAGAUGUUUCGAGAAACUGCUCGUUUAUUUGCCUUCAGGUAGAGAGUUAUGAGAGUAUUGAUGCCAGUAAAUAUGAAGCCUGUUAGCUUAUUAGCACAAAGACUGUUUUACUUUUGAUAAGCUUUCUUUAUUUCGUUGUUAUUCAGGAUUCCCAUCAGUGGUUUCUGCAGAAACAACGUCUCAUCCUGAGGUCCAGAAACUACAAGGGAGCCUCCCUGGUUAACAGAGACAGUCUAACUUGUCUGUCCAACUUACGUUAAGAGUUGCGGUGGACUGCACCACGGUCCAUCACCGUUUUGUUGUGUUCUCGCUCAUUUAAAAUUAUUUUAAUCAUUAAUCCUCAAAAUUAUGGAAGGCCAUUUCCAUCAGUUGCGGGGGGAAAGAGAAAAUUCCUCAAAAUAAUGCUUUAGUAUCUGAAAAAUAAUGAGAAUUUCUUCAAAAACUCUUAAAAUCUCAAAAGAAUGAGAAACAAUAUUGAGUCAUUUUGAGAAAAUGUCUCAUGAUUUUCAGAUACUAACUCAUUUUGAGUAUUUAACUCAUUGUUUUGAGAAGUUUCUCAUUAUAAUGACUAACGGGAUCUUUUUUUUCCCCCAUAAAUGGGCUUCCAUAGAAUAAAUCAUGUACAAAAACAUGAACGUACUACAUUUUAAGUAUUUUUCAUUUUGGCACUCAUAGUAGACUUUCAGUAAAAUUUGAUGUUUACCAAGUUAAUGCUGUUAAAUGUUAUAUUUGGGGGCACAAUAAUCAUAGUCAUAAUAAUCAGAAUAAUGACAAUGUGAUACCAGUAAAUAACAAAACAAAACCAAAAUCCACUUAUCAACACCUCUAUGGCUAACAUGACCCCCCACAGAGCUGAAAUAGUUAGUUUUGGUCUUCAGGGUUUGUGCAGAUUAGACAGAUGAGAUACAUCCUGUUAAUUAUUAAGCUUUCAAAGUCCUGAUAGGUGCGUUUUGUUACUUUUGGGCAGAGCCAGGCUCGCUGUUUCCUCUGCCUCCAGUCUUUGUGCUAAGCUAAGUGUCUUAUAUUUAACAAACACAUAUGUGUUGAGACAUUGAUGUCAAACUCCUCAUCUGUCUCUCCUGAAAGCGAAAUGAGGAUUUUUCUCAAAAAUGUGGAAACCUUCACUUUUAACUAUUCUGACUUUUAAAACACAAUUUACAAAAGCUUCAGAUGAGACUAUUUAUUCUUGCUGAAUAACCCUCUGGACAAAUAACGAGUCGACCAACUUUCAUUUGUCAGCCCACUUUUUGUUUUUUUUUCUUUUUUUUUAAAUGAUAGAGUAGCUUUUGUACAUUGUAUACAUAUAUAAUUAUUUUAACUAUGUGCGCUGCCAUCAGUAUCAGUGGUGAACCCGUUUUUUGAGUGCUACGUUCGUUUGGGGAAACAAAAUCAGAAGUAAAACUCGUCCCUCCUAAUCAUGAGAUGUAGUCUAGUUACCUGUUAUUACAUUUGUUACCUUUUUGUGAUUUUUGUUUUUUAAUAAUGUAUUUUUUUGUAUAUCUAAACUUUUAUUUGUUGUCUCUUUGAGCGAAAUGUAAAGUGUCUUAUUUCUUCGUACAUUGUCCUUCAUAGAAGGUUCAAAAACCUGCAGACCCGUGGCUUUUAUUAACUAAAAUAACACUAAGCUCCAAAACACCCCUUCUUUUGUUUUUCUUUUGUUUUCUUAUUUUUCUCCCCUCAAUCUUCCCAUUUUUUUAAAUUCACAUCAUUUUUUCAUAAUCUUGAGUGCUGACUUUUAAGACCGUAAAUCAGAUCAAGAUUGUGAAAAUAAAAAAAUUCUGAAAUAAUUUGUUUUUGAAGGGAUAGUCAGGAUGCAGUUUUUGAAUGGGGGAAAUGGACAGAAAAAAACAAACCAAUGACUUCACUGACCUCUGCUGGAACCAGUCUGUGUGUAUAUCUGUAGUUUUUGCUGUAAUAUAUUUAGAGGCAUUUUUUAAUCAUGAAAAAAUAUAUUGGGCAAUUCUUUGGGAUUGCAUGACUUUCUAAUAGUUUUAUUUUGUAGGGAAGUAAUAUUGGCACAACAUUUUUUGUAACAAAACCAGAAAACUUUGGCAUGUUUUAAGGAUUCUCCUGACCUGUUGCAUUAGAGCUGAGGGAGUUGUGAAGUAGACGCUGCAGGAUAUCUCAUCAUUUUGCAGUAAAACUGCAUAGGUAAGCAUGCGCUGACCUACUAAAAGGCAUGUUACAGAAGCUCGGGGGAGAGAAAGGAUUAUCGUAGAAUAUAAUCUAGGACAGCUGAAUCUGAUUUAAGAGAAGAAAUGGAGCCUGUUUGUAAAAUAUUUUGUAAAUUAGUCUCCGCAUGGUCUUCACAGAGGAAAAACCACUCUAUUUAUCAUACCGUUUUGAUACUGGCGACGGCCAAAACAUGACUUCCAAGACAAAACCUAUACGUGCUGCUUGCAGUGCACACAACUCGGGCCUCUAUACACAAAUAUUUAGCUUUUAGAUUAGCUGGACAGAAUAUAGAAACCCCAAUUCUACAAAUGUAAUAAUAGAAAGUGUGUUUUGGUGGGUUGAGUCAGAGUAAAGGGAUGUGGAUGUCUGUGUGCUGUAUGUAACCUGUUUCUAAAUUCUCCACAGAGAUAAGGAGAAUGUAUUAAAAUGUAUCACACGGUUAUGAAAUAACCUGUAGCAAGACCUGCACGGAAGAGAGAAGAGCGAAAUAAUUAAAGGCUGGGAUGGGAUUAAGGGAGGAAGUUGGUGCCAAUGACUGAAGUGUUAACAGAGUUUCCUAUUUACCUCAUGAUGAAUCUGGGAGGAAAGACACCCUGUCCACUGUGUAUAGAUGCUAGUAGACUGGUUGUUGGUGUUAUGUCUGCUCCUUACAUUUUUGUUAACUUUACUGUUAUUUCAUAUGAAUCUGAUCUUGUACAUUUGUCAUAAUAAAAUGGGUUCGAGCCUCA